AUGUCAGACUUUGCAUCGCGCAGGCGACAGAACAUUGAACAGAAUGAGUUUCUCCUCAAGGAAAUUAAACCUGUAGCUCAGCAAAUUGAACCUGCUCCCACUAAGUCCAGCACCAGAAGCAAAAGCGUCAAACGAAAUGUCGAUCUCCUUGGUCCUCCUACAAGACGCUCCAGACGCAUAGCAGAAUCGAGCGAUAAGCCAGCGUAUGAUCAGGAUGGAGAUAGCGACGUAUCUACGCGCAAGUCUGCUCGACGCGUGAGGACGACGAGGGGGCAGACUUCCAAGACCAAGUCCGUUCCCUUAACUGCAGAAGCAGAUUCUGGACCGAAGGCCGAACCUGCAAAAGAUGUGGAGUCGAUCAUAGCUGGAUGGACAUCGUGGGAGCCUGAAGCCGACGAAGCAGUCCGCGAAGCUGAUGGGACGUUCCAUUUCGAGUCGCAUCCUGAAUUCCGUCCUAACAAAUCCCCAGAGGAGAUCAUCCGCGAGGGGAGUUUCGGCGGUUCCUACUGGCGACCACUCUUUUCAAAGCGUCUUGGCAUGACCGUGCAGGACGACUGGAGAGAACUCCCGUCAUCUUGGACAGCUGGGUUAGACGUGGACACCUAUCUUACCAGCACGACAUACGACCCUGAAGUCAACAAAUACGGCGUGUCGUGCGGACAAAGUAUCGAAGAGUGGGAAGCAGCAGGCUGGAUCGCCCACGAAUACGACAUCAGAGGCUGGUUCCAAUGGUACUGCCGGUUCUGGAUGGGCCGUCGCUGCGCCGAUGAUGAGCGUCAGAUAAGCCGUUGGAAGAAGUGUGUAGGCGCGAGAGGGCGCUGGCGACGUAUUCUUCUCAAGAAAUAUGUCCAGUUGGGGAUACGAACCGUGUUUGCGGAUGAUGAUGAGGAUGAUGAAGGCGGCGAUGUGAGCCCUGUGGUGCAUCAGACGUGCCAUCAUUGGGCAUAUGAGGUUCGGCAGGAUGCGCUAGAGCGUUUCUGGGCUGAGGGAGAGUAG